GGGGGCCGCGCGCGGAGGGUCGACAUCUUUGUGUAGCUGCGGGGCUAGCUCAGUUAGCUUGGGCGGCUAGCGGAGGGGCUAACACGGCCGCCGGCCGAGGCUGAUUGCGGGAAGCAGUCCGCGUCUUGCGUCUGCGUACAUUUGAGAUAACGCCUCACAGGCCAACCUGCCAGGGCGUGGCCCGAUUGGCCGUUGGGGAGAAGAUGGUCGGCGUAUUCGAACUGAUGAGCAAAGACCCUCUCAAGCGAAAGCCCCUCCCACCCGUCCCUAUAGGCUCACCGACGGCGGUCGCGCCGUGGCGACUCCACCUGAAAUCUGCCAGAGUACUAUGCGCAUUGCAUGAUAUGAGUCGUGCCAAGGGGUUCCCCUGUAAAGAAUGUGAUAUGGUCUGCCCCAGUACUCCAAGUCUUCUAGAACAUUGAAAAGCACAUUACCAGCAAGGAGAAAGUGCACUGUUUGAGUGUGAACAGUGUGGAAGAAUUUACAAGCACGCCGCUAGUUUGGCCAACCAAAAGUCCCACGAAGUGGGCUCCUUCCAGUGUCCCGUCUGCACCCGCACCCUGCCCAACGCCGUUGCUCUUAAAAAUCACCUUCGCAUACAGACCUUGUCCCCGAGUAGCGCUCACAGAGCCGAAGAAGAAACGAGGAGGUUUCCCGAGGAAGGAGGCCCUACAAAGGGACUACGCCUCGGCCAGGAGCUCUCGGACGGCUUCGGACGCUCUCCUUGAACAAUAGCGCCCUGCAGGCCACGAAGGUACCAAAGUUUCCCCCGAUCGGACGACGCCUGGGACCGGCCGUUCAAGUGCGACCAGUGCGACAGAACCUACCGUCAUCACGGUAGCUUGGUAAACCACAAGAAGUGCCACCAGCAAGGAAGCUUCAAGUGCUCUGUGUGCUUCAAACAAUUUAGCAACCUGGCUGCCCUCAACAGCCACGAGAGGACUCACUCAAAGUUCAAGAGCCCCGCAGCGUCCAUGGUGAGCGGCGGAGGCGGCCUCCACCAGUCUGAGCGCGGUGGGGGCAGCGGCUCUCAGGCCACCCAGAGUGACAACGCCAACUCCUGCUUCUUCUGCCACCUGUGCCAGAUUGCACUCCCCAACAAGGCCGAUUUCCAGGAGCACAUUCUCCUUCAAACAGCACCGUCGCCGUCCCUCGGACUGUCCCGAAGCUUUCCCGGCAUCAUGCCUCACAAUUUGAGUGCAGUGCGAUCGCCGGCAUACACUCCAGCUCGGGACCCUCUACCCCUCCCGCCUUUGCCCGGUGAAAGGGGUCCCUACGACCCCAUCAUGGGCCCUCCCGUCAACAAUCCCAUAUAUACGUGUGCGUACUGCGGAGCGGGACAUCCCGACCUGAGACCCUUAAAGUACACUAUCCUGACGCCACGACCCCCACCCCCAUCCCACGGCCAGGACAGCUCCAUACUCAACUCGGAUUCCCAGGGCUCUGUGUCAUCUUCAUCGGGAAGCCGCGUGGCCCAGGCCGGCUCUCCGGAUGACGGCGAACGUCGCUUCAAGUGCGGCGAGUGCGGCAAGAGCUAUCGGCACGCCGGCAGCCUGGUCAACCACAAGCGCUGUCAUCAAACGGGCCACUAUCAGUGUAGCGGUCUGCUGUAAGCAGUACCCUCAUUGGCGGCGCUACACAGCCACCUGCGAAGCCACAAGGGCCGCUCCUCCAACCAGCCUCUGGGUGACGGGAACGACUGGUUAUCGCCGGAGCCGCUGACGUUGGACUCUCAGCAGAGCUACGUGCAGGAGAGCAGCGGCGCCACCACGCCCAUCUCUCUGCCGGGAAACCUCACGGACACUGCCCACUUUGUACCGGACGGCGGUCACAGCAACGCUUUGGACUCGCUGGAGUUCCACGAGCGCUUCGACGGGGGCUCCGCCCACCGGCAGGCCGACCGCCACGUGUGCGCCGACUGCGGUGAGAUGUAUUCCGACGUGUCCGGUAUCAAAUCGCACAUGUGCUCCCGCCGAGGUCAAGCGCCGCCACAGCAGCAGAGUAACAUGUCCAACGGUUUUAUCGGCAACAUGAACUACCACACCUCUAGUAGCAGCUCCAUGCAGGCCUCUGGCGGUCUUAAGGAAGGGACCGGUCAGCGGCAGUACUCCCAGACCGGAGGGAAGAGGAUGGCAAAUCCUGACAAGGAUGACGACGACGGAGAAAUCUACCAGUGCUCCGUGUGUGGGAACCAUUACGCCAGCCUACGAGCCCUGCGUAGCCAUCUGCGAAGUCACGCCAAUAAUCCCUCCGGUCCCGGACCAUCUAGUCUGGAGCAGGACUGGCGGAUGAUCUGCUCCACAUGUGGUCAAAGCUUCUCCAGGAAGCAAGACCUCCUGAAUCACCAACUAGUCCACGGUCCGCAGAGACCCGAUGACCAACAACAGGGCAUCGGAGCUGCUUUCGGCCAACGCGGUGACAAGAUGGACGGGCGCAACCACAUUUGCGUGGACUGCGGCAUGUUCUUCGCUGACCGUCACCACCUGAUCACCCACCUGUGUCCCGGAAAGAAUCGGGCCGGCUCGCUCAGCAAGCAGGGCCUCAACGGAGCCAAAGGGAUGUCCGGAGGCGAGGGCAUGGGCGGCGGGGUCGCGGGCGGAAGCCGUGACCUCGGUGGGAAUGGCCGACGGCCAAUGUUGGACCAAAGUGACAAACCCCACAAGUGCGACCAGUGCGGGCGAGGCUACAGACACCCGUGUUCCCUGCUCAACCACAAAAAGUCUCACAAGACUGGCGUCUUCCGCUCUGUAUGUCAGAAGCGUUACUACAACUUGCUGGCCCUCAAGAACCACCAGAGGACUCACUUUGACCUCAAAAGGCACAAGUGUGAAGAAUGCGGGAAGGCCUUCAAGAUCCAAAAACAGCUGAUUAAUCACCUCCGUCUCCAUGAAGAACACCGGGCCAAAGGUCUGGUCCGCACCGGCCCCAACGGCUCGCGCUACCAGCAGCCCGGCCCGUCUCAGAUGGCGAGCAUGCGAGGCGAGUCUUCCAAGGGCCCCGCCGUGGGUGUCAAGUACGCUCAGCAGGGCUUCAAAAAGCCCUACUCGUCGGCCGGGACGUCCAGGCCUCAGAAGUUUGACCCGGCGGAGAGCGGGCGGCGGCCUUUCGCCUGCGAGGAAUGCGGCAAGACGUACCGGCACGCGGGCAGCUUGGCCAAUCACAAGAACCUCCACAAAAUCGGCGAGUACCAUUGCAACGUGUGCAACUCCACCUACCCGAAUCGGCUGGCCAUGAAGAACCACCUGCGCCUCCACUUUGCGCAGAAGAAGCACAACUGCCAGGAGUGUGGCAAGGGUUUCCGUACCCAGAGGCAGCUGGCCACGCACACCACGGCAGGCCUGUGCAAGGGCCCGCAAGGGCCCGGAGCCCAGAUGGACUUUGAGUGCGACGGCUGCUGCGAGGGCUUCUCGUCGGCCGAGCAGCUGGCCGCAGCACGGACUGCCCGGCCCCAGCACAUGCCGUCCUCGUCGUCGGCCACAGCUUCGGCCAACGUCAGCGUAGAGAGGAGCUCUGUGGACCUGGACUCGGAUGAGAGGCCUUACGCGUGCGACCUGUGCAGCUGCGCCUACAAGCACGCCAGCUCUCUGCUCAACCACAAACACACGCACAAAACGGGCGACUUCCGCUGCAACUUCUGCGAUAAGCCCUACACCAACUACAUGGCUCUGCGCAACCACAUGCGCAUCCACCAGCGCAAGAAGCACAUCUGCCACACGUGCGGGAAAGCCUUCCGCCUGGCCCGCUUUCUGCGCAACCACCAGAAAGUCCACGAGGAGGGCGCCACGCCCUGCUGCCCCACCUGCGGCAAGAGUUUCCAGGGCAGGUCCGGACUGGCUCGACACCGCUGCGGCGACAACCAGGUAGGCCUGGACGUCAGGAGGAAGACGCCCGGCGGCACGGGAGAGGGUGACGAGUGUCGCUACACGUGUGACCAAUGCGGACGCUCCUACCGACAUGCCAGUUCCCUCCUCAACCACAAGAACACGCACACGCUCGGCAUCUACCACUGCGCCGUGUGUCUCAAGACCUACAACAACCUCCUGGCCCUCAAGAACCACCGCCGCAUCCACUCGGAGAUCCGCCGCCACCACUGCCACGACUGCGGCAAGACCUUCCGAGUGGCCUCGCAGCUCUACAACCACCGGCGGGUCCACCAGAAGCAGCGGGAGCUGACCUGCGCCUCCUGCCGCCGCGCCUUCCCUACGCAGGCCAGCUUCCGGCUGCACAUGGAGAUCAGCCACGGCCAAGCGCCCCUGCGGCCCCCGCCCCAUCGCCACCGGCCGGGCUGGGGCUCGGGCCUUGACCUCACCUUGAUGCAAGAGCAGGGCGCUGGCGCCGCAAACCGGGUCCGCGCACGGCAGGCGUUAGCCAAGGCUCACGUGUGCGACCAGUGCGGCCGCUCCUACCGCCACGCCAGCUCGCUGGUCAACCACAAGAACAGCCACAAGACCGGAAGCUUCUUCUGCAACUCCUGCCACAAGCAGUUCCCCAACCUGAUGUCCCUCAAGAACCACCGGCGCAUCCACACCGAGCCCAAACGCUACCAGUGCCCCGAGUGCGGCAAGUCCUUCCGGGUGUCUACGCAGCUCAUCUGCCACCGCCGCAUGCACACGAAGGAAAAACCCUUUACGUGCUCGCAGUGUGACAAACGCUUCUCCUCCAAGUCCAACCUCAGGCACCACAUGAAGGUCCACUGGGCCGACAACUCUGCGGCGACGCCCCGCAGGAUUGCCGGCCCGCCGCCCAAUUUUGGUGGCGCCUUUAUCUGAAUUUAGCUUGCUAGCGGGGCUCGGUGCACCAGAGACAAACACAAACGCGCUCUGGCCGAAGCUAGACGUGUGAACGUGCUCAAACGCGCUUCCUGGACACACACACACUCAGCGAGACUCAAGUGACAGAUUGGCGGAGCUAAGGCAAGGUGCUUGAAGAGGCGGGACUUUGACUUUCAUAUACCCUCUGCCCGUAACGCUUGUGGCCUCUGCAUUUUGGACGCUGUCUCCCGCAAACAGGAUUGGCCCACGUGCGAGUGGGUAAUGGGCGUGUCUGUCAGGAAGAUCCGCCUCCUGAUUGUGUAGGAUAGUUAGCGUGUUAUCAAUACACGUAUGUAUCGUACGUGUGUGUAGUAGCAGCAGCGCUAGUGUGUAGAUGUCUUUAGAGCUGUGAUGUCCCAUAAUCCUUCUGGUCCCCUGUGCUAAAGGGACCUUUGUAUCUCCUAGCGUAGCUUUUGCCGUAUUUAUUGAUUGGACGCUGAGGUGCUAGUUAGCGUCAUGAUGUUAGCGGGCGCGUUUGACUUUAUGUACGCUUAGUUUGAAGUCACGUGACUUUUCUAACGUCUUUUGAUAACUUGUUAACUUGAAACUGCUGAGGACUGAAAACAAAACGGACGACAAAUGUGCGUCGUCCAUUCACUCGCACGACGACCGUGUGCAAAUGCUGGAUGUCAUUCAACGAGAGAGGCGUGCGUGGAAUUUCUAAAUGAAAGAAGUGGACUGACUGGCCUCCCGGGAACCCGUGUCCUUAACGUUAUUGUUUUAAUAUUGAUUGUGCUUCUUUUUACACUUGUAUGACGAGUCUUCGCAUGUCACUUUGUACUUUGUAUUCCGUGUUUUGACAUCAAACUCGACUGUAAACUUCAUUUACACGCAUUAAAAGACUUCCACAAACAC